AUGAUGAAGAUAUCGGCGCUCAACGAGGAGUCGAGCGAGGAAAGCGAGGAGGAGGAUGUACCCACGAUCACGAAGGAGGCGCAGGAACAAAUAGCGCUGACCGAGUACAACAAAGCCCUGGAAUUGUUGAAGGAGAACAAGCAAGAGGAAGCGCUGAUUAUCUUCAGGGACCUCCUGGAUACCGAGCUGUUGGACGAAGUGGAGAAGCCCGAGGUGCCGGAUGGCAGGUCCAGGCCGAUGCUGUCUCUGAAAUAUUCCUGCUUCAAGAACAUCGGCGCCAUUCAGGCGGCUUGUGAGAAUUACGAAGACGCCGUGGAGAAUUACUGGAAGGCUGCGAACCUGGACGAUUCCGACGUGACGCUGUGGCACAGGAUCGGCACGUUGGCCAUGAAGACUUCCAACCUGGAACUGGCUUGCUCGUCAUUCAAGCAAGGCCUGAAGUGUAAUUUCAAUCACUGGCCGUGCUUGGACAACCUAAUAACUGCCUUAUACGCCGUUCCUGAUUAUAUGAAUUGUCUGUUGUAUAUUUCUGUGGCAUUGGAGAUGGAUCCUUGUUAUGUGAAGGGUCUAGCUUUUCGUGACAGGAUAUUUAAAGACAUUCCGUGUAUGGAAGAAUGUUACAAAUUGUACAAUAGCGACUGGCAGUUAGACCCACCCUUGUAUACCGAAUACGAUCAUGUAUUGGGUGACAAAUUGUUGGCGGAGGCGAAGGAGGUUUCCAGAAAGUGGGCGGAAGUUUGCAAGGCAGAGUUUACUCUGAAACCCUUGCCCGAGUUGACUUUAAGAAUGCCCUUAACGAGCUGUACAUGGCUGGCUCUCGGAGAAAGUCUGCUGGACAUGCAUAGAUAUAUUGCCGAAAAUAACUUGAAUUUUGUUAGCAAAAUUGUGUUAUCGGUUCAAAAACCUAGCGAUAAAAAUGCAGCGAGUACUGAGGGGGAGGCUGUAGAAAGUAAUGUAAUUAUGAUGGAAGUAGAUCAGCAAAAUGACUCGAUUCCGAACGGAGUGAAUGAUAUCGACAAACCUAUUAAGAUCGAAACGGAAGAUUGCGAGAUGUCGGACGACAAUCAAAUUUUUAAUACGGACACGGCAAUGGAAAUUGAAAUUGAGGAGGACAAAAAGUCUUGCUCGAGCGACGUGCAAAUAGUCGAAGAUGAGGAUCCGUUGAGAAUGUCUGACACGGAUGGUUUGCAGUGCGAAGAACAAAUUGAAACGAAAAAUAUAGAAUUGGAGGAACAAAUGCACUCCGAAGCAGACGCAAAUGUCGACAAGUUAGAGAGCGACAAAGUCACAGACGACGUCUACGGCAUGGAUAAUGGAGUACCUAAUGAAAAAUCCAGUGACAAGGAAAGUGAUAAAUCAAGCGAUAAGGCUUCUGACAAAGGCGCGGAAAAAGCAAGCGAUAUAAUGUGUAAAACAGACAGUAGUAAAGCUCAUUCCGAGAAAGGCGAUGGAAAGGAGGAAGGGCAGAAGGUGAAGAAACGGCGCAGAAGUGCACUAUGCUUUUUGCAGCAAUGGGCUUGGAGUUGCAACAGCAUGAGACGAUCUGCGAGAGUAAGAGGUUCGAACAGAAGGGAAGCGGAGAGGGAUGAUGUUCAAUUAGAGGAAACGCUUAGAAGAUUGUUCCCUAGUACUCUGUUACCUGAGACGGUAAGAUUAACUAAGGAUGAUGCUAGUAGGAAUGUCGAAGAUUCUAUGGACACCAUGGAUAUGUAUCAAUUAUUUGCGAAUCAGGAGAAUAAUAAAAAUGUAGAAACUCUCAAAAGCUCGGAAAGUUCUAAAUCGCCAAGUCCCGACACAAGUCAACCACGGAAAUACUUUGGGACAGAAGCAGAAACCGCCGAUGUGGACGCAUUUAUAAACCAGCAUAGCAGUAAAAGCAAUUUAAUGAUAAUUAUCACGAAAUUUGCAGAAUUUUUAUGUACUAAAUGGAACCAAGAAUGGCCGAAAGGAAUGUCAGAUAUUUAUCUACAAGCAUAUGUCUUUAUGAGACAACAUAUUCCACAUUUAUCACCAUUUGAUGAAGAUGCCAAUGACAAAGUUCUGAAGUUGGAUACCGAAGCGACAUUGUUGUUUGGUGAGCUUCAUACAGACAGAUGGCUAGAUAAUAAACCAGAUACUUUGCCAAAUCCAACAUUAGAUAAACUUGGUACUGGAAUACCAGCAGAAGAAUUGGGACAUAUUAUAUUUGCGAGUGUUAGACAGGAUCUUCUAAAGGAAGAAAAUUUAUACACAUUGCUGAGAAUUCUAUGGCUUAAAAGUAAUAUUUUUCUGUGCCAAGGUGAUAUAGACAUAGUCAUAGAAACAUUAGAACUGUUAUUAAAUCGCCUGCAUGAAAUGGAAAGUAGAAAUCUAAAUCCAUGUAUCAUGCUCUUAAAUUGUAAAAAUAACUCUCAAAUUAGUGCCAAACUUGUGAAGAAAAAGCUUACAUCAAUCCAGAGAGGUCAAAAAUUGGGCGAAAUUCAACAUCUAUAUGAAGAAAAGAAAUAUGCAGAAUUGUCUUCCAUAUUGCAGGAUACUUUUAAAUUUGCCAAACAGAGACACAAGCUGUUGGUAACUAAUGGAAAUAUUGUCGACAGAGUUCGACAGUUAAACAUGUUACUUGACAGCUUAUGGCAACUUCAACAAUAUGAAGAAUGUUAUGUCUGGGCAGAGGCUUGUCUGAAUGAAUCGUGGCAGAAUUAUUUGAACUCCUCUGACGAAACUGAACAGAAAAAGUGGACAAGUUCUGUUGUAACGGCACUUCAAAAAUUAGAAGAUUGUACGAUCAAAGCCAGUGCAUUUAUUGUAAGAUAUCUGUCAGAAUCUCGUCUAUCGAGAUUGGUACAAAACUUAGUUCACAUUGUUUGUCAUCAAUUGGAUGUACCAGAAAAUGCUGUGGAGAUGCCAUUGGAAACUGUUCUACCUUGGAUCCUAUUACAUUACAUUCUACAAUACAAAGAAGAUAAAGAGAGAGCAAAAACCGAGUCCCCUUAUAAAAAUAAAUCACAAAGUUCUCAUAAUUCCGAAUCGGAUGACGAGGACGACGGCAUUCCACCGUCCAUCAUGAUUUUAUUCAUUGCACAUGAAUUUAUCGGCAGACACUCGUGGUGUUGUUUCAACGAGGCGAAACUUCUGUUCUUCAUUAUGAAUCUUAUUAUACCGCAACUCGAAACUCCUCUGUAUGUUUCUAUCAAGAAUAGGCUCACGAAAUAUUUGGAACAGAUAUUCUUUUGCCUAUACGGUCAUCCGAACAGAGUGAACAAGAUGCGGCCGAAGUAUCAGGAUCACGGAGUACCGCAAAUGGAAUUAACCUGGGACGGGGCGCAGCUGCUGUUUGAUUUUUACAAGCCGAAACAACUGCCAAACUUUCAGUCCCCUAGAAUUCUUUCUAUCACCACGGAUACGGAGAUACUGUUCAAGAGAAUAAUCAGAUUGGUUCCGCAGGAAAGCGAUCCGAAUCAAAUAGUGGACGAAAUGACGGCGUACAUAAUCGGCGCGAAAGAUAAGAUGCCGAGCGUAACGAAACCUUUACCGCACUCGAUAUCCACUAUCUAUUAUCUGUUGGGUGACUUUUAUUUCAAAAACAAUAAAUGGGAACACGCGUGCCGGUAUUAUUUAUUAGAUUUGUGUUUAUAUCCAAAGGGAUUAAAUUCGUGGACCGGUUUAGCUAUGGCAACGGGUAGCAUAAUAGAGAUUUGGUUGAACAAUUAUAGACCUAUAGGAAAGGAUAAAUUUCUCAACAAGGCAAAAAUGGCGCAAUCGAGUUAUCACCACGCUAUCGAGCUGGCGCCCGGUCAUUCCGUAAUUUGGACAGAAUAUGGGAAUUUCGUUUAUAUGGUUCAUUCAUUUUGUUCACGAUUGCUCAAACAAGAAACCGACACGUUGAGUAUGGAGAGAUUUGAAAUUUUGGAAACCAGAAAGGAAGAGAUGCUGGAGAUUGCAGAUCAGUGCUUUGAAUCCGCUAAUCGGAUAUGUCAAACUAUUGAAGAGCCAUCCAUACAGCACGAUGAAAGGUGGCUUUAUCAAUAUAUGCUUGGUAAAGUUGCAGAGAAGAAAAAUCAGGAUCCUCCUGUAUUCUUGGAACAUUACGCAAAGGCUAGUGAAUUGUUAUAUGAGAAUAACGCUCAAUAUCCACGUAGAAUAAGUCACAAGAGCCCACAAAAUCUGUCUAUAGAGGCCCUAGAAGUUCAUUAUCGCAUUCAUGCAAGUAUACUGAAAUAUUUGGAGCAACACGAGGGAAAGCCACUGAAGAAGUCAUUAGGUCAGUUGUUCCAUUGGCAUCUUAAAAACUGCUCCGAGGGGCCUUUUAUGAAGUACCAGCCCAAAAUUAACGACAAGAAAAAAGAAGAGAACGCCGAUGUUGAGAAGAGUGUGUCGAAGGAACUCGACAGUACAGCGGAUACAGAUAAAAAUGUAGCAGUAUGUCAACGCUCGAAUAGUAUCGAAGAGAUAGAAAUCAUAGAUAAAUCGAGCAAAAUCUCUGAUAUUAAGUCUGCAGAACUAGGAAAGUCUGAAAGUCGUAAGAGAUCUCCCGAUGAACCGUCACAUGACAAUACAAAGAGAAUAAAAUUAAGUAGCGUUUCGCACUUACAAUUAAUGCAGGACGUCGUAGCCUUAAUAGAUGAUAUAAUUACCAAAGUUUGCGAUAUGGUGUCGCAAAAGGAGAAAACGAGCGAUGAUAUAAUGAUCAUAUCUAGUGAUGAGAGCAAUGAAUCAAAAUUGCAAAAAAAGAAGCUGGAAAACAAGAGUGCCGAUAAAAUGAAAUCGCAAACGAAAACGGAGGAGAAUAAGAAAAGUUCGGCAAAUAUAUUGACAGUCGAUUCUGAACGUAAGACUGAUGAUGUACAGGAUUUAAUGGAUGCUCUCAUGAAACAGGCAAUGGAAAUUAGUCAAGAAACCCAGCAAUCUUCAGCGGAUGACGAGGAUACCAGAAGAUUCGAUGGCAAAUGGUUGCAGAACGAAGACUUGCAAUCUACUGAGAAAGACAAUAAGGACAAAAUAGAAGAGAGAAGAAAAGCGCAAGCCAAAGCGAAUGAAGAAAUGACUUUAAGUAGAAGAGGCUCUCAGGAAAGCACCACUACUACGCAAACCACAACUACGACUACGGAGACAAAUAAUUCGAGCUCUAGUAGUAGCGAGGAAUCUAGCAGUAGUGAUGAUAGUUCUGACAGCGAUAGUUCUAGCGACAGUGAUAGUGAAUCUGUCGAUAGCGACGCGGACAAAAAGAAGAAGGAGCCUAAUAGUGUAGAGAAUGAAGAACAGAUGCCAGAAGAAGAAGUGGCAACAUUAAUUGCGUAUUGCUUAGCUGGCUUGGAGCAGUGUAUAUUAAGGUUCACAGAACAUCACAAGUCAUUUUAUAGACUUUCACACUUCUUCUUUAACAACAAAAAAGCGAAGGAUACCGUAAAAUGUAAGGACCUCUUAUUAGGGACAUACACUUGUCAGUUCUAUCCCGGACAAAAUUUUCAAGGACUUUUUGCCGAGAGAAGAAGUACUAACUUUUUUAAUGGGGUGUGGCACAUUCCAGUUAAUGAAAUUGACAGACCUGGAAGCUUCGCUUCACACAUGUCGAAAUGCGUAACGUUACUUAUGCAGGUGUUAAAAGAAAGCAACGAUAGCCGAAUGUUAAUGCAACUAUGCAUACAGCUCGGAAAGACUCCUGAUUCAGACAAGAAAUACUUACGUGAUUCUGAAAGAGAACAAUUAUCCCGACAAGCUCUGACACUUUGUCAACAGUCGCUCAGGAGCAGAGUUCAGGCGAUGGGCUCGAUAAGCACAAUUGACAGCGUGCACCUUAUUAGAACGGACGCUAGAACACAAGUACUACUUGAUGUAUAUGAAAUAUAUCAACUUGUCCAGAAACAUUUUCAGGGCAAAGAAUCGACUAUACAAUCAUUCGCAACAUUAUUGACAGAUACAUACAAGAUGUAUAUAGACAAUAAAAACUUGGAAGGAAACAUCUUGGAGAUCGCUAUUAAGUGUUGUCAACGUCAGAUACAAGCAAACAAAAUCGCAUCUAUUACUAGCAACAGCAAUAGCUCUCACAUGCCACCUCUACAGGUCGCCUCUACUAUCUCGACGCCCGCGCCACAAGUGCCGGUCAAUUCAACGUCCCCGCAAACGUUGCAGAAUCGCAAGCCGCAUAGAAAUCUAACGUCUACCGGACGUCCGAGGGGACGUCCGCCCAAUGUUAACAAAUACUUAAAUGCUCUACAACAAGGCAACGUGAUGGGUCAGUUCGGUUCCAAGAGUAACUUCACGAACUACAUGGGUGCAUCCGGACCGAAUCGUUCUAUGAUAAAUCCUUAUUUCAUGAGCCCAUUGGUCGAUCCGAACAUGCUAUCGGCUCUACUGGCCAGCGGACUAAGCAGCAAUAUGAUGGAUCCCCUAACAGCUAUGACCUACUUAAAUCAAGUAGGAAGUUAUCAAGACAUUCUUAGACAGUAUCAGAACAACCUGUCGUCGUUAACCAAUCUCACUAGCUUAAACAAUCCUGGUACUACCAUAACCAGCAUCAGCAAUGUUUCGACAAUGAGUACAUCCAGCUCUAACGUCAAUACUUCGAGUAACAUCGCUAAUUUGAAUAGUAUGAAAGGUUCUUUAGAUCCUAUGACAGCGUCGGUGCAACAACUACUGAGUUUAAGUAAUUCUACAGUGUCGACCUCGCGACCGACCCCCAUGUACCAUCAAGCGGCGGCCAAGACUAGCACGACUAUGUCACUAACGAAAGACCGACCUAGCAUAUCUAUAACGCCAGUUAGCACUUCGAUGAGCCAGCAGCCUCAUCACAAGGUGAAGCAGCUCGGCAAGCAACCGGGCGCGCAGAUCGAACCGGUAUUACCCGUCCACAUUCCCAAAUCGCUUCAGAUAUCGCCAACGAAACCGGUAUUACACUCGUCCAACCCGUCGGCGCAGGUGUCCCUGCUCAAGCCAUCCAUUAUUCAGCAAGUGAAGAGCAGUCCGCCGAAACAGAUGGGCGCGCCGCAGAUACGGGUCUCGAAAUCGUUGACGGAGCCGCAACCCGCGCACAAUCCGUCGUUGUCGCACUCGCCUCUGAAGACUAGCGGUAGUACCGUGACGACAAAUCCGACCGUGGCCAUGCCGCACGUUGCCCACACAUCCAUGGGCGCGCCGGUGAUCAUGAAACAGCAGCAAGCAUUGCCCAUGAACUUACCGAACGUGUCACGUUCCGGUACGUCGCUGCAGCACAAAUUAUUGUCGAAGAAGAACUCCCAGCGACCUUACUCGACGCAAACGAACGUGCAGAAUCACCCCGUGAGGAAAGCGAAAUCGUCGGUCAAGGCGACGGCCAUGCCAGUCCCGAUGUCUGGCAAUUUUCCAAAUCUACUAAACACGAUACCGACGAGUUCCGCCGCGAUGUCGCAACCGCCUUUUAUACCUCCAGAAUUAAGCGGCAUCUCGGUAAGCCCUGUCGGUUCGCAGCCCGGCGGUAUUAAGGCGGCGGCGGCGGCGGCCGCGAGCGCUAAAUAUCAUAGCUACAAGAAAUCUAUCAACAAGCCGAAACCGCCGACGGCGAUGGAGGUGCCGAGCUCGUUACCGGCUUCAUUCCCCCCCGGCAGCUCGGUCGAGGCACUUUCGAUGCUGUCGCAGUUACAACAGCACUCGCACCUGGAGAUAAUACCGCAGCAGAAGGCGCCAUUAAAGCCUAGCAUUGAUUAUACGAAAACUCUGUCAUCUUCUGUGAGUGUAGUGCCGCCGAAGGUCCCAGAGACCUUGAGGCCGUCGGCCACCGCUGAUUGUAUGUCCAUGUACGAUAUAUCCAGGGGAAAAGCCGCUAAUGUUUCGAACAAGAAGACACAGGAUAAACUCCUUGCUGAUAAUGUCGAAAUUAUAACGUUGGACGAUUAAGAAUCGCUCAAACGUGCGCAGACAUUUAUUUAGCGUAAUAUAUAUAUAUAUAUAUGUGUAAUAUGUUUUUUUUUCUUUUUUCAAGGAAUAUUUGCAAAGUUAUCUACUUGAUAAUAUUAAUUAAUUCCUUACCUUGAGAUAACAUUGUAUUCAGGCAAUUGCAAUAGUAUUUCAGUAGAAAUGAAGUUACUUCACCGCAUUAGCUAUGUUAUGUGUUUUACAUGCGUUUCGUAUAAUUUCUGCUUCGGUUUAUUAAACGCUGAAACUAGUUGCAUGUAAAAUCGUCUACCGAAUUCUAAUGCAAUGAAUUGAUAUUGAUACUAAUUUAUAUAAUAUAUAUUAAAUUUGUUUUCCUUUAAAAUUUUUAUAUU